UUGUAUCCAGAUGCGCUCGAUGCAGUCGAUGCACAUUGAAACUGUCAAAACGUCCGUUGGAGUAGCUCGGAAUUGAUAAACGAUUAAUUAUUGAUCCUCUGAACGAAAAUGGCUUUAAUAAACAACUUGGCCGACACACCAAACAAGCGGAAACGACGUGAGUCCAAGUACGAUGACUCGGUGGAUUAUUAUAGCAAUCCCAACCGUUUGUUGGCAAACAAAGAGAACAACUACAUGGGCAUGGAAGUAAAGUCCAUUGCCCAGAUGAUAGCCGACAAAACCAUCGAGAAUCCAUUCGAAGUGAUACGCAAACCACCGAAAAAGAAGAAAAAGUCCGACAUCGAAGACAGCUGCUUCGUGAAUCCAGCGUUGAAUAUAAACGGACCGGAAACUGUGCUCAAUCCCUUUGAAGUCAUACGUCAGCCAACCGUGGUCAAAGACGAUCUGUGUUUCAUCAAUUCCGGAUUGAAUAUUCGGAUACCGGAUAAGGCAUGUCCAGCCGGUAAUGCAUAUGAGAUUAGUAGAAGCGGAAAUGGAAUCGAGAAUCCUGCUCUCGACCUGAAACAAUCAACACCUCGAGCAAUAGCUGUACCAUUCACACCAAAUAUGGGCUGUCGCAUCAAUUUCAGUGACAUCCCUUUGGAAUCACUAACGCCCUGUUCGUUGCUUACAAAGAAAUUAGUCCUCGAAUCGCCAAAAUUACCGCUUACACCGAAACGCUCGAUGAAAGCGUCCGUUGAAUUGUCAGCAAUCAGCGAGGAAUUAAAUAUUGGCGAGGAGCUAGACUGCUACCAAUUGGAAUUAGAAAACAGCAUCAAUGAGGCUAAGGUCGACAAGAACAAACAAACGAACGACAAGAAUUUGAUGGAUUUGAAGCACAAAACCACUUUCGCUCGAAGAUUGGAACUAUCGGAACAGCAGUACGAAUUGGAAAAGGAAUCAGUUACAGCCGAUGUCACACCGAUUCCGGAGGAUCUCCCAAAAACUGUGCCAAUUGAAUGCGAAAAUCGUGACGUUGUAUUCGAAGAGGUCAACGAAACCAGCGACGACGAAUUUGAAUUCAAAAAUCCGGCACCAUUCGUCCGAACCUAUCGCCGAAGCACUCGUAAGCCAUCUAAUGCUAGCGUUAAAUCCAAUGAAAAAACAUCAAACGAACCAAAGGAGAAAUCGUCCGGAUUCCGUAACUCGAUCCGUCAAAGCAUUCGCAAAUUGAUUGCUCCCAAUUCGGUCAAGGCGACAUCCCAGCCAACACCCAGCUUGGAUGAGCCAUCCGGAAGUGUGUUCACAACGCUUCGCCAGAGCUUCCGCAGAAAAGCAGCAUCGAGCAAGACAUCGUUAAUUGAUGACAAUCAGGGCAGCCUUCAUGAUGUGUCGGUAUUGAUGGAUGUCGAUCGGAAAGUUUACAAACAAACUGCGCAAGAAAUGACCAGUGACGAUGCGUUGAACAGUUUCGGAAGGAAGAAAUCGUUGCGUAGCAGUUUUCGUGACACUACCAAAGAUGUGCGACGUCAUGUGAUGAAAUCAGUGUUCAAGAAAAAUGUCGAGGAUUAUCGUUUUUGAUUCCAUGGUGGCCAUGGUGAGUAUGUCCUCCAGCCGAGCACCAGUUUCAUCUUUUUUAUUUUUAAACGAAAAAAUUGUUUCACAAAAUGCGCGCACCCGUUUGUCGUUAGUUGUUUAAGUUGCACCCUCUAAUUUAUUCUUGCUCAAGGUUUGCGAUUUUCCUCAAAUGGGAAGACGGUUUGUCAUCGCAAUUUCAAUAUUUUUGACCGAGACCUCCGUGAGGAAAACUAAAAAAGUAGUCGUUGCCGGUCUUAUUCCAUAUUCCCACUCAGCUAAAGUACUAUAAUUAGUGGCAAAUCUUAAUUUUUCUGGAAUCUAGAAGUAUCGUUUACGAGCCUUUUAGUUUCUUUAUACUUUGACGGGCAAAGAAAUCUUCCCAAGUUACAGGGAGUAAAUAAUUUCGCUAUGCACAGCACAUCUAUCAACAGCUGAUUGUCUUUCAGCUGUUGUCUGCUCAUUAUCAAUGAACUAUUUGCACUGAAGGAUUCCAUAAACUAUAACACGAUGGAAAAUUGAACAAAUCCCUGAAUCCUGUCGUGCGUUUGAUAUUUCUAGUUGGGUCCACAUAACAUCGGUCCCCACAAAAAAUUCUUGUGGGCUAUAAGAUCAGGGAUUAUUUCGAGGAGAACGUUUUCACAUCUUUUCAAUUUCCAAUUUUUCAUAAAAUUUGUUUUCUCAAUUUUCCCAAAAACCAUAUUUGGGAACAUCGGGAAAAAUUUAAGGAAAAGGAGGGAAAAUUGGAAAAAAUGUCAAAACGUUUUACUGCUAUAUAUAGACUCCGAAAACAUAUGAACAAAUCAGGUGUCAAUAAAUCGAUUUCUGAGAAUAGCCAAAUUUCGGUACCAUUCUCAUUUUUACCAAAAUCUUUCUUUAUUAUUUUUGAGAUGAACGCAAAUCGCGACUUUUUCCGAAAUUUUAGACUGUUUUGAAUUACUAGAAUCUAAUUGAAUUUGAAAUAAAAAUUUUGAUGUGCACGGGUGAGGCACGAACUCACAACCUUCAACUUGCCGGGCUGAUGCUCUAACCAAUUGAGCUACCGUGGACAUUUUUAUUUCAAAUCCAAUUUUUGAACCGUUGGUACAACACAUGAUGUGUGUGUUCUUUCUUCUAUAUGUGUAUUUCAACCUCUUUAUUUCUUUAUUAGCCAUCCGUGAACUUUGAUCACUGGACAAAGUCAAUCUUUUACUUUUUCGAACUUUCGAAAUUUAAAGAUGGGAAAGGUCCAGCCCACCGAAACUGGACCAUGGUCCGAAACGUACUUUUUCGGAGUCAGUGGAUCGAAAGAAUUUUUUCGGAGUCUCCUAGAAUUUUCUGUGGACUGAUGUAGUUUGCGUCGUAGGAAAUCGACCAACCCUAAUUUCUAGUCUUCUUGGUACUGGGUCAUUGACCCAUAAUUUAGCCCUUGUUUGUUGGGUUUACUGUUUUUGUAUUGAAAAUUA